AUGCAACCAAACAUAUUUACUGCAGCUGCAAAACGAGUCACAAAACUCACAGACAAGGCUAAAGCGGCACUUGAAGAGAGACUUGAAGCUUCCGGACCAUCAAAGAAGCACAUGAUUGAUGCAAAUGGCGCAAGUGCGGUCUCCAACAAGUCGAAGAAGGCAAAACAAAAUCCUCCCGCAGAUAUAUCCAAAGAUAGACCGGUAGCCGAGGCCUCUCCACCUCCAUCUGAUGUGAGAAUGGCAGCAGAGCCUCGUAAGAUUCGCCAUGUCAUUGUUUGCACCGAGGAAGAGGAAGAAGCAUUGUAUAACAAUGCCAUUGUCAUUGAUGACAUGAGCAAGAAAAGUGGAGACGAGGCUGGUAGCGAGGCUUCAGGUCCAGAAAGUGCCGAGGACGAGCAAAUUGGUGGUCGACGUGCACAUGAAUUCAAGUGCCGUGCGAAAGGAUGCAAGGCGACGAUCCGACGAUUCCUGGACAAAAAGGAUGCGUGA